AUUCAGCAGUCAUUAAUGGGACAGCCAAAGAGUAUAAUAUAAAAUAUAUUGGUCAUGCAGUGCCAUCUGCCAUAUGUUAUUUUUGUAAAGUUUUUUUCUAAGUUGUGUUGUAUUGAAUUCUAUUAAUACAUGUAGCAUAUUAACUGAAGCCAAUGAAGCUCAAGCCGAUUGCUGUGCUAAGCUAAUAAAAUUCAUAAUCAUAACAUUAACGUAACCGUGCGAACUAAAUUUUAUUUUUCUUAAAUUUAAUGUUGCAGUAGUACAUGAAAGAUGAUUAUAUUUCUUAGCGAACUUCAAAAGGACCAUUUGCGGUUGUUGCACCAACACUCUACUCAAGUGUUGGUUGACUUUUGUAAACUUGCCAUUGACUUUUUAAAUAAUGGAAUUAAUCAGAAGAAAUACUGUGUUGCUGCAGAGAAACUGAAAGUUUCAUCAACAGCCAUACAAAAUCUUGUCCAUGCAUUGACUUGUUUGAUUGUAGAAGGAUGCAAGCAUAAUUUAGUAGAGACGGACUUCAAGUCCUCAUUGGCCAUAGCAGGUUUCACGGAGGAACAGAGUGAGGUAUUAAUUAAAUUUUAUAGCUCAAAGAAAAUUGAGUUAACAGAGGCUCUGAAUUUGCUUCAAGUAAAGGAUCCAAGCUAUCAGGAUUUAAUAUGGAGGUUCGAAAUUCAGGUAGCGUCAAGGAUUACCAAUGAAGAAGUGAGACCUACAAUUUUAAUGGAUUUUGUGUUAUCAAUGCCUAAACCAUUCGGUAAGAACCUAGACGAUAAGAAGAAUGACCAAGAGACAUAUAAAGUUUACCAGAAAACCACAAAUAUGUCUAUCCAGAGUGCCAAGACAGCCCGUCAGUGUCAACAUAACAUUCAACACAUCUUGCUGCAAUGCAACUUGUCUAACCUCAUGCAUUUAACAAAUAAGUUGGACUUGGCCUUAAAACAAUCAAAAACACAACAUGUGCGGAAGGUUCAGAGAGCUUUACAAUAAAUUUUACACGUGUCUAUACAA